AUGGCCCAGCCUAGCAAGUCUUCCUCCACGUCCAAGGACAAGUAUGGAUAUUCCAAGGAGUUUUUGCAGAAUCAAACAAUGCAUGUCAACCAUCCCAAGGACUUGUUUGGAUUCACAAAUUUCCAGACGGGAAUCUUUCAGUACCCGGAGUCGUAUGAGCGUACCAAGCACGUUGAACAAGAGUUAGAUGUGCCCGAGUCCGGAGAAGAGCGAGAGCAAGAACAUGCGGUGGUUGAGACCAGACUCAUGACCUCGAAAGGCGAGACUGCAGCGAAAGCAAUUAUGGGACGCAUCGUCAAUGACAAGCCAUUUGACAACGGUAAGUUUCGUACAAACACGAUCGGUCUAUACCGGUAUCUGACUGAUAGUAUCUCAGAAUCGAAGAGCAAACGCGACUCGGACGAGAUCACAUCGAAUGAAGAUGCAAAUAAGAUGCCCCCACCUGUAACACCCCGUCGAGUCCGAUUCGAUGAAACCGUGCGAACUCAGGUCAUUCCUGCUCGCUUGAAUCCAGACCGUGCCGAACACCGCUUGUCGCAGAUUAGGUCCGAAGCCAGAGGUCCACGUGUUCAAGAGAAUGUAACUGGAGUUAAAAAUGGCCCAAAGGUUCUCACUGCGCGUCCACGGCAGGGUAUGGGAAUCCCAGAGACUCUGCAACCCACUGUAGUAGCGCUCGCACAGUCCAGAGCUCAGAUUGCUCGAGAGGUUGCAUGGUCCAGAGCUCAAGUCGCUCGAGGAAACGAGGCUACAAUUCGACGAGCUCAAAUUGCUCGAGAAAACGAAGCUGAAAUUCGACAUGGCGGCGAGGAGGCACUCGCUGCUCGAGAAAAUGCAGCUAGAAUUUUGCUAUCACUCGCUGCUCAGCAACGCGCCCUUGAACCUCGUGCCGCCCAUACAGCUAUUCUCCCUGAAUUCGUGCGCAUCGUACGAGCAGAUCAUUACAUGAGGAUCACGCAUACUACUCCAAUCGUCCACAUAAACGAGCAGAAGUUCGUGCAGUUGGAUGACCAUCACUUAGUCCCAGCCUGGACCGAUCCUCGACUUGUUGUCGGAGAUAAUACAACCAUUCGAGAACGUCGAAACGCGAACUGGGACGGGGAGAAGAAAGAUGGCCGUCCACGUGUCCUCUGCUACCUAUUUCCAUUUGGUGCUUGGGAGUUCACACCGGAAUUGAAUCGACCAAAGAAACCACCACUGGCCUUUGAACCCGAGAUCCAUCACGGCCACAUUGUGAUCAAUGGCAGGGAUAAGGCUUUGAAGGCGUCUGUCCUUAUGCCUGUGAGGUGCAGCACAGAUAUCGAAGGAUGGGAAAUGGAAGCGUUGUACCGUUAUGAUACCAACCUUUGCCACCAAGAUUUUAUUGAUCGAAUGGUCGCAAAUCUCCCCGCGGGCAAAUCUAUUCCCACCAUAGGUACUCUCAACCACCGUCGACGUCGCGAUCGAUUGAAGAUGAGGGUAAUACCAUGGCCGACCCCAAAUCACCUCAGCUAUUCCGACCAGCAGAUUUUCAAGGAGCUAGGUCAUGUGGGAGUGCGUCAAAAUAUCACCUGGAACCUACUUGAUUUGACUAAGGAACAAAUCGAGAUGCACACCGCAAUUACAUACGGGGGUCACCUCGAGCGGUCUGGAGGGAAAGCGCAGGACUAUGAGACGAGGGUGACUAAAUUCCGUGAGAACCUGAGGCUGGUUCGGAGUCAAUACGCCGAUAAUACUGAGGAAGUUCGCUUGGUUUUGGCUAAUAUCUCCAUCGGAUUGCGGUCGAUGGGACAUCAGUUCAGGAUUGAGGAGUGGGCGCCAGGUGUGUUUUGGCCCGGUUACUAG